CUAGAAAGAGGGCGAUCAGUUCUUUGGGAUUUAUUACUUGAUGAUCUCGAAUUUCGACGUCUUUCGAUACUGCUAGAUUGGUGUGAAGAGAAUGCGUUCAAUGAACCAAGCGCGAAUUCUGAACUCACUGAAGAAUACAGUCAACUUGAGAAUGGUGCGCAUAUUCGAGCUGAGACACUUUAUCGUCGAAAGAAAGGAGAGGAGUGGUGCGAUAUGGAUUUGGAUGGUGCCAUGCACGGUCGUCUUCAUCCGAUCGAUGAGGACAGGCAAAAUCGAGUCUAUAACCUCGUUUAUACCCUUAUUCGUUGUGGCAAACUGUCAGAGGCAAUCAAGUUGUUGGAUCACGUUGGCUUGUUGGCACUGAUACCAUCGUUCAAGUUUCGCGAGAUGGCACGUGAUGCAUCAUUAACGCCCUUAUCUUGUGAUCAUCGUCUGUUCCGAUUGGCCAACUCCCGUUUGUCCUUCAAGCAAACCGUUGAGAAGAUCAUCCACAGAGGACUAUCGAUGUCACAAAUCGAACGUUGCAUUUGGUCAGCUGUUGGCGGUCUUCUAGAGCCAGGCUUGUCGUUAUCGCAACGAACCGAUGAUCGUCUUUGGUGUUAUUUGAACACAGCGAUUGAGAAUCGUUUAGAUAUCGCUAUUAUGAAACAUCAUCCAGAUCUCUGUGAUGAAGACAGUUUGCAACAAAAAACUAGUGAUCUGAUGGUGACGUCAAUCUUCGAUGAAAUCGCCACGCAGGAGCGUUCACCGUUCUAUUCAAGUUACCGUUUUCUGAUCACGAACGAUGCAGAGUCCCACGUCACUUUUAUGAGACAAUGGUUAGAAACGCAUCUCCACGAACGUCAUAAUGUUCACUUUCUGCGAUACAUCACUCAUCUUGUCAUCGUCUAUAUGUCCACCAAUCAACCAUUCGCUGAAGAAGAUGCAUACUGGAUACUGGAACGUUAUAUCGAUGUGUUGGUAUCACAGAAAAUGUACACAAUAAUUCCAUAUUAUGCGUCGAAACUUCCAUCAGAAGCAGCUGAACGUCUCACGAUUGGAUUUAUGUAUGAAAUAGAAGAUGAAAAGAUGCGCAUUGAUGUGUUAGCAUCGUGUCAUGAAGUUGGUGUUGACACGACCACACUUUGCAAGAAGGUGUUCUCGUAUGCAGUCGACGUUUGUCAGAUCGGUGAACAACGCACUGAAUCUGAUGCGAAAUUGAUAAGUGCUUGGAACUGGCUCAAAUAUCCUGGCAAAGAAGCUGUCAUCGAUGCUCUCUUCGCUGCGAAUCUCAUUCUACGCAAAUUUUUCGCUGUUGAAAAAGUGAAAGAAGCAAAGUUGGUAUUCGACCAAAUGGAAGAGAAUCUCAGCGAAACGAUAGAAAAAUUGUGGAGUAUCGAAUACCGCGAUGCGUCUAUGCCGAAAGAAUUAUCUGAUGCAAUCGCUGAAAAUCGUGCAUAUCAAGCAUAUAUCGAGGCAUCAGAUGAUUUCAAUAACUGGUUUAAACAGCUCAAAAUGACUCAACCUGAAACGCCAAAAUCACCAACAAAGGAGGUUUGGAGUCGUAUGAAUAUUCAUCAGAGGGCUGCAUUCGAAGUGGAACAAGCAAAAGUACGAGAAUUACAGCAACGUCAUCGUGCAACUUGUGAUUCGUUGCGCUCUACAGCCAUUGACUCUCUUGAAUCAUUAUCACUGUGGCCAAAUGGAUGGUUGAAAUUUGCACCUCUUGACGAAACUUUACGCAACAAUGCAGAUUUGCGGAAGAAAAUGGAAGAGUUGCGUGAAAUCAGGCAGUCAUAUGUGAGUGCAAUAUUGGGAAUGUUGAUUACAAUUUAUGAUCAGUCGCAAGAUUCGAGUGGAGCGAUCAGAUUGGCAAUGUUAUUAGCAGAUGAAAAAAAUGAAAUAGCCGAGGCUCUCUCUCGCGAUCAGCUUUGUAGCUUCGUUCGACGAUUAUCUGUUGCACAUGGUGGGAUAAAUCAAUGA